AAAAGCAUUAAUGAAAAUUAUCUCACAUGGUGGCGGCCAAUUCAAUCCACGCAAUUCAAACAAACCACAGCAACUUGACCAAAUACGCUAGCUUGAGACGGCGAUCGGUCUAUACUGAUGAAUUCCCCCAAAAUGAGACAAAUCAUCGCUUCCACAAUAGAACAGAAGCAGCAGGAGCAGAAGCAAAUGUUGCCGAGGUUAAGUCAAAGUCGCCUACUUCGCCUACGCCAACAUCUAUUUGUUACCCCACAGGGCUGCUCUCUGCUAAUGUUGCUAAUUGUUAGCCAAGCAUUUAAUGUGAAAGUUAACGCCACUAUUACGGAUUUGGCAACAUCAACAGCCACAGCUUUUGCCCUUAAACAUAAUGGUUAUCCCUAUGAACAUGAGAAUACAAUAACUAUAUCCCGACCACCUCGAUCUGGGCGUAGCGAACGGCAAGUGAAGGAGGAAGAAGUCGAUCGAUGUCGACUCUUUGUGGAGGGUGAUCCAACCAAGAAUGAGCUUUACAGUCCAGAAUAUCCAAAUCUAUAUCCAAAGAAUAUUAAUUGCACACGGGUGAUAACAGCGCCAAAGGGACAAAUCAUACGCCUGGACUUUCGCAAUUCGUUUAAUAUUGAGGCCAAGGAGGAGUGCAAAUUUGACUUUCUCGAAAUACGAGAUGGGCAAUAUGGUUUCUCUACGUUAAUUGGCAAAUAUUGCGGUACAGAUUUCCCACCGGAAAUCACAUCAAAAGAAAGAUAUUUAUGGCUACAUUUUCAUUCUGAUGAGACCAUCGAAUAUACUGGUUUCAGUGCGGUUUAUGAGUAUCUGGAUCGCAAUCGCGAUGCACCGAGCACGGAUCUCAAUUGCACCAUCGAAAAGGAUGGCUUUGAUGGAUUUAUCAAUUCGACGGAUGUGCCAGAAGAGAUAAGGGAACAGGUGAUACGCAAUAAAAUUGCCCUCGACUGCAUUUGGCGUGUUCAAGUGAAGGAAAACUGGAAGAUUUUUUUGAAAUUCUUGGACUUUAAACUGAGCAAACCCAACGAUUGUGAGACAAACUUUUUGGAUAUAUUCCCAGAGGAAACUGUUAUGCCAUUAAGAGUGAAAAACUUUUGCGGUUCAGCAGGUGAAAGUAUAACAGCCGAAUCAAAUAUUCUACAUCUACGAUUCUUUGCCGAUCAAAUAGCGAUAAAUUCCACAUUCGGCAUACUCUAUACAGCAUUUCGGGAUCGUGGUACUGGCUGCACAUCCGACGAAUACGAUUGCGAGGACACGACUUGUAUAUCAAAGGAUUUGCGUUGUAAUCAACAAGACAAUUGUAAAUUUCGCUGGGAUGAGGAAGGUUGUCCGAAAGAAACGGCAGCCCAAUCGGAACAUGUGCUGAUCAUUGUCAUUGUAUUCGGUUUGAUACUCGGCGGAAUGGUUAUAACAUUUAUUGUGAAUUGCAUACGCAAAAUUAUACGUGAUCAAAAGAUAAUACGAGAACAUAUACGUGAGUCCAAGGAGAGUAAACUUGAUGAAAUGGGUCGCCAUUCGAAGGGUCGCUCCCGCGAGAAUAUAUCAAGGCAAAAACAUUCACAGACCUCAUUACAAAUACUCGAUGACGUCUCGAAUCGUUAUUAUCGCGAAGCUAUACCCAUGUCGACACAAUCGAGCAAAGCCGAUUUCAAGGAAAAGGAGCACAGCAUUCUACGCCGUCAUCCGGACAUGGCCCAAACAAGUCUUAGUGGCAAUGGCGGUGGCGGUUGUGCCAUCGACGAUGGCGAAUCAUCCUCCACCACAACGGCCACGCACGAGAUGAUGACAAAGGCGGCCAUGUCGUCAGUACCGGUUAAUACCGCCUGUGAUAUGGGCUGUCAAACGAGGGAAUCACUAUUUGCCAACAGCCCCGGCAUUGGCGGUGGAAUGGGAGGAAUAGGAGUGGGUAGGACAACAUCGCUAAUGAGACAAAAGUCCAGCUCAUCCUCGCAGGGAAGCGGCGGAGCUGUUGGCUCAAUGCCACCGCCGCCGCCGCGUUUCUUUUCGACAUUUGGCUAUGAUCAGCAGGCAUCAUCGCCAUCAGUUGGCCAAAUGACGUUGCCGCAGGAGACACCGCCGCCUCCGGGAGCGGCAACAAUGCUGUUGGGCACCUUGCAUCGCCGCAGCAUGCAGCCGACGACAACGGCAACGCCGCCGCCGCCUUUGCAGCAUCAUUCACAUCAAGAGGCCAUGGAGCUAGAGGAGCGGCACAGUGGUCAUCAGCGUUCACACUAUGGUCUCUUAGUGACUCCGAUGGGUAAGCCAUCGGUGUUACCUCAGCAGGAGAUAUGUCAUCACCAUCAUCAGCAUCAGCAGCAACAGCAACAGCAGCAGCAGCAGCGCAUGCAUCAUGGACAUACGACGUUGCCCGCCCAUCAGAGAUUGCCAGCCAUGAAGGCACAGGCUCAGGCUCAUGCCCAUGGACAGUCACAGGGACAGUCACAGUCACAGGGACAGGGACAGGGACAGAGUCAUGGACCGGGCCCUGGACAGACAAACAUUUUGUCCGGCAAUAAGCAGCAAAAGAACGAGGAGUCUAAAGUAUUCAUCGACAUACGGAAUUCAGCGCCAGACGUGAUUAUCAUGACGUCCCAUUGACAUUUAAGGAUUGCCCGCCAAUCAGCAACCGCAACAACAACAACAACAACAUCCAUGACCAAAAACAACGAAAAAGCGAACAACGAGAAGAACAACAGGAACCACGGCAACUGGAACAACAAGAGGACAAUGGCCAACAUAUUAACCGCAGGCACUAUUGUGCAACGACACCGUUGCAUCGUGUCGCAAUCAGACACGGAAAGGUCCUCCUCGCCAGCAAUUCCUUGCAUCCUUUGUCAACUCCGCUGCCACCAUGCACAUCCUGUAAGCAUUCAGCUGCAUUUUUAAUACCCAGCACAGAAUCUGUGUCCAUAGAAUUGUGGGUAUAUUUAUUGAAGCAAAACUGCAAAGAAUUUGCAGCCUGAUGAUAAUUAUAAUGGAGAGUAUCCUUAAAGUCGGUGCUUUUAUAUUCUUUACCUUUGUGUUUGCCUUAAAUUGUAGUUGAAAGUCCCAUAAAGAUAU